GCUGGCACACAACCAAGUGGUACGUCUGCAGUAGCCGCGCUGGCCUGCAUAGACAGUUGCAUCUACUUCUGCUGGUCCAGCGGUUGGAGCUACACCACAGCCGCGACAAUCUGUUCCACCGCAGGGACAGCAGCAAAGUCCAUGGUACCCAAAGACCCCGAUGAAGCCACCCCUUGCUUUCUCCGGUGAGAUGAAUGACGAGGAACUCAACACUUGGUUGAGGACGGUUCCGAUGUGGGUAAGGGCAAAGAGGAUGUUGCAAGAGGAGGAGGUGAUUACUGUUGCAUCUUACCUUGACGGUAAGGCAACGAAAUGGCUAGAUGGGAUAGUCGCUAAGGCCAAGUUCGGACAAUGCAUGGCAGACUGGGGUAAAACCCUCACUUUUGAAGAGUUCUGGGAUAUGGAAGAAGCUCGUUGGCAUAAUCCGCAACAGACACAAAUUGCCACUGAUGCGAUGCUCAGACUGGACCAGCGACGGUACAAGUCUAUCAGAGAGCUGACGUCUACCGUAGAGAACCUCAUCGUCGUUCUUGGCAUACGCUAUGAUGACCAGGUCUUAUUGACCAUUUUUCUGAGAUGUCUGCUCGAGAAUCUCAGAACCUUACUGGCCAGCGAGGCUCGCCUCGAGUAUCAUUCUUUUGAGACCUUCUCUAAAAAGGCCUUAGACUUGGAGGCUACCCUAGGAAGUGCUCAACCUACUCCAGUAGACGGGAGGAAGAAGAAGUGUCCACAGGAAUGGAAAAAGAAGGGUAGUAGAUUGAUGAUGGUUGAGUUUGAUGGGACCAAAAUUGAAAUCGAGGAACUCACCGACCUGAUGGACGGCUCAGAGUACGACGACAAGGAGAUCGCUGAGGGUAGCACCCUCGCCGCAGUAGUCAAGGAGAGGGAGCUCAACGGGCGACUCCAGGCGAACAGCUCCGGGAGCGGCGAAUUGGGGAGGGCGGUAUCUGCUGCCAUCGCCGGAAGAGCUCAUCUGUGCUGGGCGCGCGGAGACAGGAGCAAGGUGAGACGAAAGGCGAAGACGAAGAGGAUCAGGCACACGGUUUUCCAGUCCGUGUCUACGAUGGCGGCGAUGGUGGUCCUGCUGUUGCUGGCGCUUCUCCAGCUUGCCGUUCGUGGACUUGCUCAAACUCCGCCAUCUGGUACGGUAAGGGUCGAGAGCUUCAGCUAUAGUGGCUCUGGCUGUCCGCCUGGAAGUGCAGAGGGCGCACUCUCCGACGACGGAGUUUUCAGUUUGGUUUUACCGGAGUUCACGGUGUUCACCCCAGGACGUAAAGCUGACCUGCGGAAAAACUGCCAAGUGAGCGUCACCGUGAGAUAUCCUGCUGGGUUCACGUUUAGUGUGACGACUGCGACAUUCCGAGGGUACGCCCAGUUCGAGGAAGGCGUCACGGGUUCACUGGCAGCCGCGUACUACUUCUCGAGUAUCCCAGGGACAGCCAGAUUCUCGCGCAGCUUGCCUCCUCCCGUCGAAGGCAACUUCGAGCUCUCCGACAGCUUCGCAACCCCUGUCUAUGCACCGUGUGGCAGACAGUCGGUGACGCUCGGGUUCAAUUUCGAGGCAAGUGUACUGCCUCCAUCCAGGCCGAAUAAGAACAACAAGGGCUUGAUCACCGUCACCAGUCAGGGUAACCGUUAUAGUCUGCUCUGGAAGAAGUGCUAAGGGCAUACUCGUAUAAAAGCGUUUCUGGAGCAUCUGGCGGUAAAUGCAGCGAGAUCCAGUUCAAGAAAAUGUGAGCAUGGCCUAAGCUGAUUUAACCAGGCGUCAACAACAGGGGGGGGCGGUCGUUCGACAUCAGCAAGCUACUUGGAGAGAAGCAGAAUGAGCGAUCGGGAGGGGCUCAGCUUGGAGAUGAGUGGAUUAAUCUAUUGGUCCGCAGCUGCAUUGUAUUGUCCGGGGCGCGUCACCGACGCAGGCGAUCGGACGUGUGUGUGUACAACAACACUUUGCUGAUGGAGCUCAAUAGGAAACCUACCCAGUUGUGGAACUGGUCACUCAACGAUUAUUAUAAUUAUAUAUAGUACGUAUUUAAUGUCUGGCAGGCGAUCGAGUUUCCACGUCAUGUAAUUUCUAAACCUGCAAAAGAAUACGGUGCUGGGGAAGACCCCAAGAUGAGUGCGAGAACUGUUGCGUAUAGAUGAAGUAGACAGGCGUAGCGAACAACAAGGCAGGCUACUUAGUGCUCUCUCUCUCUCUCUCUCUCUCUCUCUCUCUCUCUCUCUCUCUGUGUUCAUUUUUGUUGGCUUGCUGGCUUGCUCUCUCGCUUGCUCCAUGUGUUCGUGUGUGACGCACGUCUUCAGAGUGCGAGUCUACACCCACAGGAGUAUCUCGACCGUUGAGGCACGAAGUGCGAUAUUAGCGUCAAUAUGAUCUCUGCUCGCAAGGAUGAAUCGUCUUUUCCAAUGAAUUCCUGCAUAUUUU